GGCCUUAGAUCAAAAUUUCCUUUGUGCAUCCCGGGAUCAUCAACUGAGGCCAAGCAACAUGGAGCAGCGACGCACUCCAGGCGAGGAGGUGCCUGUGGUGGGGGUCGCAAAGGAUGUGCUGAGGUCCUCUCGACAGAAGUUGGCCGAUGCUGCUCAGGGGUACGUGGACAUUGUUGCUGCCAUGCGUGAGGUCAUGAGCAUUUGUCAACAGCUUAUACAACUGCCAGUUGAUGGAGUACCAGCAGACAAAGGUAAGUCCGAGAGGUCUCAGCGUUCGGCAACAGAUGGCGAUGACAUCCUGUGGGCAUCAGCGGCCUCAUCCGCGACCUCAUCAGCGGCUACAGAAUGGGAGGAGAGGUCGACACCCCGCCCUGCAUCUCUCGGCAAACAAUUAUGGAAAUCUGCUGGUGCUGCCGAUUCCAGCCCUUCAGUGGUUACAGAAGAAGAGGACGGUUUGACGCCCCGCCCCUCAUCUCCAGGCAAGAGAUUAUUGAAAUCUGCUGCUGCUGCUGCUUACGCCAGUCGUCUUAGUGCUUCAGCGGGUACAGAAAGUGAGGAGAGUUCGACAGCCCGUCCUGCAUCUCGUGGCAAGCGAUUAUGGAAAUAUGUUGCUGCUGCGGAUAUCAGUCCCCGUAGUGCUUCAGCGGUUAGAGAACAAGAGAAGAGUUUGACGCCCCGCUCCGCAUCUCCCAGCAAGAGAUCAUCGAAAUCUGCUGGUGCUGCUGCUGCUGCUCCCUCCAGUCCUCGUAGCGUUUCAGCGGCUACAGAAAGGGAGGAGAGUCCAACACACCGUCCUGCAUCUCACGGCAAGCGAUUAUGGAAAUCUGUUGCUGCCAGCCCUCGCAGUGCUUCAGGGGUUAUAGAACAAGAGAAGAGUUUGUCGCCGCGCUCCGCAUCUCGCAGCAAGAGAUUAUUGAAAUCUGCUGCUGCUGCUGCUCCUCCUCCCUCCAGUCCUCGUAGUGUUUCAGCGGCUACAGAAAGGGAGGAGAGUCCAACACACCGUCCUGCAUCUCGCCUCAAGCGAUUAUGGAAAUAUGUUGCUGCUGCCAAUGCCCGCCCUCGCAGUGCUUCAGGGGUUUCAGAACAAGAGAAGAGUUUGUCGCCCCGCUCGGCAUCUCCCGGCAAGAAAUCGUCGAAAUCUGCUUCUGCUACUGCUUACGCCAGUCCUCGUAAUGUUUCAGUGGCUACAGAAAGGGAGGAGAGUCCAUCAUCUCGUGGCAAGCGAUUUUGGAAAUCUGGUGCUGCUGCCAAUGCCAGUCCUCGCAGUGCUUCAGGGGUUAUAGAACAUGACCAGCGUUCGACCCUGCGCCCGGCAUCUCCCGUCAAGAGCUCAUCGAAAUCUGCUGCUGCUACUGCUUACGCCAGUCCUCGUGGUGUUUCAGAUGUCAGAGAACAAGAGGACACUUCGAUGCCCCGCCCAACAUCUCCCGGCAAGAUAUCGGGGACAUCUGCUGCUGCUUCCAAUGCCAGUCCUGGCAGUGCUUCAGCGGUCACAGACGGGGACGAGAGUACAACCCCUCGUCCCGCAUCUCGUGGCAAGGGAUCAGGAAAAUCUGCUCCUGCUGCUGCUGACACUCCUCGCCAUGGUGCUCACCCAACGUCUGCUGUCCGUGCGGAACCUGCUACAGGUCCAGCUCCCGGUCCUCCUAUUGCUCCUGGAAUGGCAGUCGUUGGAGUAGCUGCCGCUCCUCCUGCCAACCCUCGCAGUCCCGGUCCUGCAGCAGGUACCGAUGGUGGUCCCACUACCAAAUUGAGUCCAGUUCCUGCUCCUGCUGUUCUUCCUCCAAUGGCAGUUGGAAUUACAGUGACUUCUCCUGCCGCUGCUCCAGCUGAUGAAUUGCCGGGGCAGUCCUCUGCACAUGCAGCAAUGGGCGCCGACUCUACCACGGACGCAGAAGAACCAUCUCCGGCGAAAAGAGCCGGAAAACGGAAUGCAAAACCUUCUUCGGCAAAUGAAGAUUGUUCUCAGGUUGAAGAUUCUGAGCCGCCUUGGGUUUCGUUCGCCAAGGAUAAACUGCUCUACAUGGCCGACAUUCUGGACACGAUAAUAUUCUUCGGUACAUUUUAUGCUCAAGCGAGUGUGCAGAUGAUGAUGAUCAGCGACGUCGACCGCCCGACCUUGCCAAUUACCCGCCUCGAGGUCUUCGGGCCCGAGCUGCUGUGCGAGAUCCUCAACGACAUUAUUCUCAUGAAUCGACAAUGCUUAAGGCAACAAGCGGCCAUCCAGUCCCGAGACGAUCACAUCGUGAAACUCGAAGAGACGAUCAGUCUGCUGAAAUUCGCUCUGGAGGAAAUGGGCAUCCAAUUCAAGGAAGGGGAGGACAUACCUUUCAGUGCAAUCGAGUGAUUUGGGGCCUCGCCACACUACUCGCCAAAUUUACAAAACGAGAAUGAAUAUUCCGCUAGAAC